UCUUCGCGUUCGGUUCGCGCAAUGCGUAUGUUGGAUUUUCAAAAUUUCAAAAUGGGUCGCCAAGUUGAUGCGUACACGUUUCAUACUGCUGUUCCUACCUAAUCGAUAUUUAUGGAUCGUGAAUCUUCUCCCGCGGUUCACCAGCAGUCGUCGAGACCAACUGCAUGCUCGUUCAACAUAUUUGGAUUAAACUCAUCAGGAUCUACAUUGAAAAAGGAAAGCAAAGCUUUUUAAGUGGAAAAAACUAAGGUUCAGGUUGUGAUGCUGACCGUUGCCUACAGCCCAUCAGAAUAUUGUCAUUAUGCCGUAAUAGUGUUAAUCAAUGCAAAAGCGAAUUUAAGCGCAUUGAACCACGAACUCAGUUCAACAAAACCGUCGAUAAAGCUGACGAAAUCACCAUCGGAUGACCCACAAGUGCAAACGACUUUUUUUCUUCUUUUUGGUGAUCGAUUUCUAAUAUUAAAAUUAUUGAGGAAAUCGGGUCUGUGGGUUUUGAAAACAAACACAUUCAUGGCCAAGGAUUAGUAAAAAACGUAGGCGUGCGGCUUACUCUAGCCAAAUUAGUUGGAUGAAACAUCAGCAGUAACAACAUGACAUCGAAGUGGACUCUACUUCUGAUUCCACUACUCACCUCUUGCAUUCGUUGGACACUGGGUGCAAAAACACAACGUAAUAACUACGCAAACUUUUCCGACAUAGGGGAACUAUCUAAACACCACGCCGUUAGUUUAUCAUUAUCCGACAUUCUUCCACAACAUCAUAAAACGUACGAUAAAAAUCGUGCUCCCAAACUGUUGGGCCAACCAACGGUAGUGUAUUUCCACGUUACCGUCCUGUCGAUAGACUCCAUCAACGAGGAAUCAAUGACAUACGUAGCGGACAUAUUUUUGGCACAAAGCUGGCGAGACCCACGGCUACGACUGCCGGAGAACAUGAGCGAAGAGUAUCGGAUACUGGACGUCGACUGGCUGCACAACAUUUGGCGACCGGACUGCUUCUUCAAGAAUGCCAAAAAAGUCACCUUCCACGAAAUGAGCAUACCGAAUCAUUACCUGUGGCUAUAUCACGACAAAACGCUACUGUACAUGUCGAAACUGACGUUGGUGCUGUCGUGUGCCAUGAAGUUCGAAUCAUAUCCACACGAUACACAAGUGUGCUCGAUGAUGAUCGAAAGUUUAUAAAAUAAAACCAUGAGAAACUUAUUCAUCAGCAUAUCAGAGAACGAAGCAAUAUUUGAAGGUAUAUGAAUCUCGUAUGCAAUAUAUUGUCUUGUUCUAAAGCUGUCUGUUAGCUUUUAAAGGAAACUGUGAAGCUUUUUCGAUUGCGUUACAUCAAUAUUUGCUUUCUAUGGAGUGAAUCGAAGGCAGCUUUCUUCAGUGUACUACUCAUUGUAGAAAACCAUGGAUAUACAAAACUACAUCGAUUGCUAUGAAAAGAAAGUUUAAUUACGACGGCGUGCCUAGCAGUUGUAGCUGUAACAGUUAGCGAGGUUACAAACGAUAGCAUCGUUUAUACAUCGCUGUUCUUGGCUUUUACAAAUUCCUUUGACUUGAUUACUACUCGAGCAA